GGGAGUCUCGCCCUGGGAGGGAGACGGGUCUGUAGCCUCCGGUCGCAGAUCCGUGGACCCUCUUCGCAGACGCCUCGUGGAGCCUCAGGUAACUGCACCCCCUCCCGGUAUGGCAGUCUCGCCGCUCCCACCCCCGGAUCCGCGGUUUGUCCUCCGAGGUACCCAGUCGGCAGUACAUGCGCUGCAUUUCUUCGGAGGAGCCGAAGGGCAGGGGCAGCCGCUGCUCCUCUCAGGAUCCCUGAGUGGGCUGGUGCACAUCUGGAGCCUGCAGACACGGAGGGCGGUUGCUACCCUGGACGGCCAUCGGGGCCAGUGUGUAACCUGGCUGCAUUCAUUGCCCCAAGGGCACCAACUCCUCAGUCAGGGCCGGGACCUGAAGCUGUGCCUAUGGGACCUGGCGGAGGGCAGAAACGCUGUCGUGGACUCCAUGCGCCUGGAGAGCAUGGGCUUCUGCAGGAGCACCGUCCUGGCCAGGGGUCAGGGGCACUGGAUGCUGGCCAUGCCGGGGAGAGGCAGUGACGAGGUUCAGAUUCUGGAGAUGCCAUCCAAGACGUCAGUGUGCACCCUGAAGCCGGAGGCAGAUGCCAAGCCGGGCAUGCCCAUGUGCCUGGAGCUGUGGCAGGCCGAGUCCAGUCCCCGCCCACUCCUCCUGGCCGGCUAUGAGGACGGAUCAGUGGCCCUGUGGGACGUCUCUGAGCGGAAGGUGUGCAGCCGUGUCGCCUGCCACACAGAGCCCGUCAUGGGCUUUGACUUUGACUCCCAAAAGGCCAGGGGCGUCUCGGGCUCUGCGGAGAAGGCGCUGGCUGUCUGGAGCCUGGAUGAGCAGCAGGCCCUGCAGGUAUGCAAAACUCAUGAACUCACCAAUCCCGGGAUUGCUGAUGUCAAGAUCCGGCCAGACCGCAAGAUCCUGGCCACUGCAGGCUGGGACCAUCGUGUCCGUGUGUUUCACUGGCGGACAAUGAAGCCACUGGCUGUACUGUCCUUCCACAGUGCUACUGUCCACUGUGUGGCCUUCGCUGCCAAUGGCUUGCUUGCUGCAGGGUCCGGGGAUCAGCGCAUCAGCAUCUGGUCACUCUACCCGAUUAGCAGUGACUCAUCCACUCCCUUGUCAGGACAUGUGGAGGACACGGAGGUGGGAGCCCAUGCCUUGGCCUGACCCAGGCAUGUAGAAACCGUGCAUCAGGACCCUUGAGGACAACCAGUCACAGUUAUCUUCCUCCAGUUACGAGAGGUGUCCAGUCCUUGGAGUCCUCAUUUUCUUCACAAGGCUUGGGUUUCCUUUUUUUUUUUUUUUUUUUUUUAAUUUUUUAAAAAUGUCUUUAUUUUUGAGAGAGAGAGAGAGAGGGAGACACAGAAUCCGAAGCAGGCUCCAGGCUCUGAGCUGCCAGCACAGAACCCGACACAGGGCUUGAACCCACGAACCAUGAGAUCAUAACUUGAGCCUAAGUCAGACGCUCAACCGACUGAGCCACCCAGACGCCCCGGCUUAUGUUUCCUUUUGUGAAAUACAGCCUCUGUCUGACAGUGACUGCAGUUUACAAAGAGUAACUGGGCCAGACACCUGGGCAUCUGUGGUCCAGGUGAGAGGCCAACCUGGGGAUACUAUUUUAUAAUAAACUUCCAGUUGCAAACCUGCA